UUUCUCUUCUUUUUCGGGGAUCAUCGAGAGAUCAUCGAGCGAUAUUCCAUAUGUCCACUUCGAAUCAUUUCGAAUUCUUUCGUGCGCGCACGUUUCACCUAUUUUUUCCUUUUUUUAUUUUCUCCUCUUCUUCUUCUUCAGUUUGAUUCGAGGAAUAGAUUCAUCUACGGUCGGAAUAAUCCAAUGUAUCGUCGAAUGGUUCGAUUCAUAAUCGAUUUUUACGCAACAAUAACGUAAUCUUUCGAUCACUGCAAGACGUUUGCAGUUCAUAUUUUGUCCGUAUCUAUCGCUGAUGUCGCAUAUGAAAGGUUUAUUUAGUUUUUAGUUAACUGAGGUUAUGGUCUUUAUCGUAACAUCGAAAUUGGAUGAAAUUGUGAAACAUUUAAAGAGUAUUUUGUAAGUUAAAUAUGAUAUCUGGAAGAUCUGCGGUCACAGAAAAUCCUUUGGGAUUUUCUUGGCAUGACAGUGCCUGGAUCCCUGUACUUAAUCCAAGUAAUAUAAUGGAUUAUUUUUCUGAACGAAGUAAUCCAUUUUAUGAUAGGACAUGUAAUAACGAAAUUGUAAAAAUGCAACGUCUAAGUCCGGAUCAAUUAACGAAUAUGACAGGCUUGGAAUAUAUUCUUCUACACGUUCAAGAACCUAUUCUGUACGUAAUUAGAAAACAGCAUCGUCAUUCUCCUACUUUGGCUGCACCACUUGCAGAUUAUUAUAUCAUUGCAGGUGUUGUUUAUCAAGCUCCAGAUUUAGCAUCAAUCGUUAGUUCUAAAUUGCUUUCCACAGUUCAUCAUUUACAAUCUGCAUUUGAGGAAGCUAGUUCAUGUUCCCGUUAUCAUCCUAGUAAAGGAUAUUAUUGGGAUUUUAAAAACGGAAAAUCCAUUACUGCUAAGAAAGAAACACCGGUACGUGAAGAACCAAGUUCCUUAUUUCAGCGUCAAAGAGUAGAUAUGUUACUUGGAGAACUUACACGUAAAUUUCCUUUACCUGUACCAAAACCAGCACAUCAGGCAACAGAAACUACUACCGAUAUCAAACAAGAAGUGAAGGUUGAAAAAAAAGAUAUGAAACCACCACCAGAAAAGAAACCAAGAGUAAAUUAAAGAGAAUAUUUUUUUGUAAAUCUAUAAAAGAUAUUUACACCAUGAUGUGAUAUGUAAAAAUUACGUAAGUAGUUUUUUUUUUUUUUUUUUUUUUUUUUUUAUAAAUAUGAAUAUAUAUAAUGAUAAUUUAUACUCAUAAACGA